UGCAGGAGCUGCCCUGCUGCCAGGAGGCAAAGGGAAGCUGUGGGAGAGCGUUGGAGAUACCACUUGGAGAAGUGUUGAGAGGGAGGAGAGGAGCAGAGAGAUUUUGAGCAGGGCAGGCACCUUUUCUGGUCUAUAUUGCAGGAUCUGCCCUGCUCCCAGGAGACAAGGAGAUACUUUAGGAGAGCAUUGGAGACGCUGCCUGGGGAGAAGCAUCAAAGAAAGGAGAGGAGCAGAGGGGUUUUGUAGCAGGACAGGCACCUCUUCCUCAGCUGCUGCACUGCAGGGGGGCAGAGAUGCAGAACUACCUGCUCUCUAGUUCUGUAGGGCCAGAGGAGCUCCCAACUCUCAAGGAGCUCAGCAACAGUGAAAUCUGGAAAAUCUGGUCUGGAGCAUCUCGCUACAUCCACAGACAGCUCUUGCAGAAGAGGGCAGUGGAGACUGGAGUUGGGACAUUUGCAAUUGUCCCAGUGCAUGCCAGUGUGGAAGAGGGCAAGGUUUUGACUGUUGAGAGACCUGUGUUCAUUGUAAACAAACAUCUGAGGACAUUCUACAACCUUGAGUGUGAGGAAACUAAAAUUCCUG